UUCAUGGACCAAAGAAUGCUGUUUUUUGUGUUUGCAGAUUAGAUGAAUGUUUGCAAGUCAGAUAAGUUCAUCAUAUGAAAAGGGUUUGGCAAUGAAUCCCUUGCAGUAGACUCCCAACCUUGUGGUUUCAUCAUAUUUAUUGGUGAAUAGAGCCCAGUAAUUGCCUUAGACUUUUGUGAAUUAGUCAGAAUACUUAAUGAACUUAAUUUACACACCCCCUCCCUGUUUUUGUGUGUACAUCUCAGGAAUGCGUAGGUGCAUAUAUAUCAACUGCCAAGGAACUCAGUGUCACAGCUGUGAAUUUGUGUGUGUGUGUGUGUGUGUGUGUGUGUGUGUGUAUGUAUGUAUACGUGUGCGCCUGUGUGUGUGUGUGGUCUCUCCACAGGCUCGGAUGGUGUAAUCUCACAGAGGGCUGCUGUGAUGUUCUGGCCUCAGUCCUGCGUUCUCCUCACUCAGAGCUGAGAGAUCUGGAGCUCAGAGACAACGAGCUGCAGGAUUCAGGAGUGACAGCGCUCUCUGCUGGACUGGAGGACCCACACUGUAAACUGCAGAGACUGGGGCUGUCAGGCUGUAGAGUCACACAGAGAGGCUGUGAUUCUCUGGCUUCAGCUCUGUGUUCAAACCCCUCACACCUGAGAGAGCUGGACCUGAGAUACAAUCACCCAGGAGACUCAGGAGUGAGAGCGCUGUCUGCUGCUGAACUGGACACACUCACACUGCUUGUGGACCAUGGAGGAGAGAACAGGACCAAACCAGGACCCAGGAAAUACGGCUGUCAGCUCACACUGGAUCCAAACACAGUGCACAGAGAGCUGUCUCUGUCUGAGGGGAACAGGAGGGUGACACACACACUGGAUCCAAACACAGCACACAGAAAGCUGUCUCUGUUUGAGUGUAUCAGGAGGUUGACAUGCACACGGGCGAGAGAGGAGCCAUAUCCUGAUCAUCCAGAGAGAUUUGAGUACGAGCCCCAGGUUGUGUGCAGAGAGAGUGUUUGUGAGCGCUGUUACUGGGAGGCUGAGUUCAGUGUGCCUGAGAGGGGAAGGGUUUUUAUAGCAGUGACAGAUAAAGGAAUCAGCAGGAAAGGAACGGGUCUUGACUGUGCGUUUGGAGAGAAUAAAAACUCCUGGAGUCUGGAGUGCUGUAAACACAGAGACUCUGAUAAACCCACUUACUCUUAUGAACUCAGUUUCUCUGUCUGGCACGAUGAGAACCAAACACACAUACCUGCCCCCCCCACUUCCUACCGCAGAGCAGGAGUGUGUGAUGGUGCUGGUAGAGAAGUGUGUGUGUACAGGGUAGGAGUGUGUGUGGACCGUCCGGCCGGCACUCUGUGCUUCUACGGCAUCUCUGACACUGACACACUGACCCUCCUGCGCAGAUUCCACACACACUUCACUCAACACACACCCCUCUGUGCUGGAUUUAGAGUGGAGUACUCCUCAGUGUCCCUCUGCCAACUGGAGUAGACACACACACACACGCAUGUGCGCGCACACACUCGCAUGCACACACACACACACACACACACACACCACACUCAUAUCCACUCACACACGCACACCACACACACUCAUAUACACAUACACACACACACACACGCACACUCAGAUACACAUACACACACAUGCUCAAUCACACACACACACACGCAUGCACACACACACACUCAGAUACACAUAGACACACCCACACCCACACCUACACACACAACCGCAUACACACACACACACACUUCACUCAACACACACCUGUCUGUGCUGGAUUUAGAGUGUGUGACUCCUCAGUAUCCCUUUGCUCACUAAAGUAGAGACACAUACGCACACGCACACACACACACACUCUCUCAUUUACUCUCCAGCACACACACACAUACUCUCACACACUCACACACUCACAAAUGCACACACUGGAGUACGCUCAUGCACACGCACUCAUACAUCCACGCACGCACGCACACACUCAUGCACACACACUCACAAACUUACACACACAUACACACUCUCUCACGCCCAAUCACACACAUGCACACCUACACACAUGGAAACACACAAUCUCUCGCACACACAAACACACACAUUCACCAGUGCACUCUCACGCGCACACACACAUGCAUGCAUAUGUACACACGCUCAUUACUGUAUGCACACACACACACACUCUCUCUCUCAUACUUAGUCACUCAAACACACCCUCUCUCUCUCACACACACUCACAUCCACAGUCACACACAGAUUCACACAAACGCACGCACACACACACAAACUCAUGCACUCACAAACACACACAUACAUGCGUGCAGAGACACAAACACGUGUCAACACACACACACACACAUUCUCAUUCCCAUACGCAUGCACACACAUGUAUCAACACACACACAUUCUCUUGCCCAUACACACACGCACACACACACUCAUGCACUCACACAUACACACUCACACAGACACACAUACAUGUAUGCACACACAUUAUACACUUGUCUACACAAACAUUCUCAUACCCAUACACACACACACACACACGUAUAAACACACACACACACAUUCACAAAGGCACUCUCACGCACACACACACAUACAUACACUCAUUCUCAAUCGCACACACACUCUCACAUCCACAGUAAUUCACUCAAACAGACGCACACUAACACACACACGCACACACACAAAUGUAUAAACACACACAAACACAUUCUCUUACUCAUACACACACGCACCCGUGUGCACACACACACAUACUCACGCACUCACACAUAUGCACACACAUACUCAUAUCCACAGUCACUCCCACAAACAUACGCACGCAUGCACAAACAUUCACAAAUACACACACACACAAACACUCUCACCCAAUCACACACACACACGUCGACACACUUGUAACCUUCCUUGACCAAUGCCUUACCAGUGCAAUUUCAGCUGUACCCAAUAUUAACCUCAGUACAGCUUAAACCCUGUACACAAGAGUAUGAUCUUUUAGCAUGUUCAGGUUAUUUCAAAUGUUUAAGGUGUGUUAAUGUACUUUUGAUUAUUAAAACAUUAAUGUAACACUGAGUGUAAUAAUGGCAAAAUAUGGCAGGGUAAAAUGUUUUUUAAGUAAUAACUCUCUCCUGUAUCUGCAUCUUUGUAUAAGAGAAGCCAGUGCCACUCGUCCACUUAAAUGUGCAUUUUACUAGUUUUUAUAGUUGCUUUCAUUCAUUUUCAUAAGAGUUCCAAUGUGCAAAUUUCAUUGGGCAAAUGCAGCUGAUAGGGAGAAUGCAGAAUGGUCACUGCAGUGUACUUGUUUCCUUUCAUUACUGUAAACAAUGAUGGGUUGAGUUUCCUUAUUUAUUGGGUCUGUUCCUUUUAUUUUCUGUAUUUUCAGACAAUAAUCUUCAAUGAUUAAACCUGAAUUAUAAAAAACCUUCAAAUGUGUUGGUGUUAUGAUUUAUUUUUGUGUGAUGUAUUUAACUCCUGUGACACAGUAGUACUUAUUUCAUAUUCUGUAUGGGAUUAUGUUUGGGCUCAAUAUGAGCAGAUCAGCAUGGGGUUAAAUUCUGCACAGUUGAAGCAAUGACAUUCAUCUACAGGAGUGGAAAUAAAAUCCAUUAUAAGAAA